AAAAUCCGCUGCGUUGCACCGGAAGUCGUUCCUUGUCCGUCAGGUAGCUGCGCUAGUCAAGUGUCAGGGCGUCUGUUUUUAUGUUUUGAUUUUUUUCCUCAAUCUAUUUACUGGCUCGACUUAAUUCCUGGCCAUGUUCUGCAGGCCGUCGCCUCACCUGUAGACUUUGAGACUGCGCCACCGAGGCCUUCGGCAAGUGGGAAGCAUGCCAGUGGAGAGCGGAACAGGCGGUGCCGGCAUCGGCGGCGGUGCGGUCCGGCAGGCCAAGCAGAAGAGGAAGUCCCACAGUCUGUCCAUACGCAGAACCAACAGCACAGAACAGGAACGGUCUGGAUUCCUGCAGAGGGACGUGCAGCUGGACACGCAGGACUCCAAGCUUCCGCUCUCUCUGAGGAGCAACCUAGUGGACCUGUUCAGUCAAAUCGAGAGGGAGUUUGAGCACCUUUACAUUGAGAACCUCGAACUUCGCAGAGAGAUCGACACGUUGAACGAGCGCUUGGCCGUAGACGGACAGGUGCCGGAAGGUGCUGACUUGAACAAAGGGACGCUAAAAGCAAAGACCAGCCACAGCACCAGUCAGCUGUCCCAGAAGCUAAAGACCACCUACAAGGCCUCCACCAGCAAGAUCGUGUCCAGUUUUAAAGCCACCACUUCCCGAGCCGUAUGCCAGCUGCUCAGAGAGUACGCGGGCCACCGAGACGGCAUCUGGGACCUGAGCGUGACCCGCAUCCAGCCCAUCGUGCUCGGAACGGCGUCUGCAGACCACACGGCCAUGUUGUGGAGCAUUGAGACAGGCAAAUGUCUCUUGAAGUAUCUAGGCCACCAGGGAUCAGUCAACUCCAUCAAGUUCCAUCCCACUGAGCAGAUGGCACUGACGGCCUCCGGCGACCAGACGGCUCACGUGUGGAGGUUCCUGGUGCAGCUGCCUAUGCCGCAGCCCGUUGCCGACGUCAGCCAGCCGCCCUGCGAGGACGAUGUGGAUGUCUCCGACAAGGAUGACGCAGAAACAGAGGCGGAUGGGCCCAGCGAGUGCCCGUCGGCACGCCUGCCCAGCACCGUGCUGCGCAGCCACCAGGGCGUGGUGAUCGCCGCCGACUGGCUGGUGGGCGGGAAGCAGGCGGUGACGGCAUCAUGGGAUCGCGCCGCCAACCUCUACGACGUGGAGACCUCGGAGCUGGUGCAUUCACUCACCGGUCACGACCAGGAGCUGACGCACUGCUGCACCCACCCAAGCCAGCGACUGGUUGUCACGUCGUCCAGGGACACCACCUUCAGGCUGUGGGACUUCCGAGACCCGUCCAUCCACUCUGUCAACGUCUUCCAAGGCCACACGGACACGGUGACGUCGGCUGUGUUCACGGUGGGCGACAACGUGGUGUCGGGCAGCGACGACCGCACCGUCAAGGUGUGGGACCUGAAGAACAUGCGCUCACCCAUCGCCACCAUCCGCACGGACUCGGCUGUCAACAGGAUCAGCGUGUCGGUGAGUCAGAGGAUCAUCGCGCUGCCUCACGACAAUCGGCAAGUGCGACUCUUCGACAUGUCCGGCGUGCGCUUGGCCAGACUGCCGCGCAGCAACAGACAGGGCCACCGACGGAUGGUGUGUUGUUCGGCUUGGUGCGAGGACAACGCCUCGUGCAACUUGUUCACCUGCGGCUUCGACCGGCAGGCCAUCGGCUGGAACAUCAACAUCCCCGCCUUACUGCUGGAGAAGUGAGCCAGCCCCUCCACUUUGCCUUUGCUUGUCCACGUAAGUUUUUGUGCGUCCAUCAAAAGUGGCAUCAACGUGACAGCGGGAAAUGGCACUGAGCACUGUGCGCGUAUGUACGUGUGCGUUUCACAUCACACACCUAUUGCCUUGUGCGGGGAACUCCCCUACAAGAAGUGUACAAAAAGUCAAAAAUCAAAUCAAUCAACAAAUUCACCUUGAAGUAACUAAUUGUCAUGAAUUCCUUGUAAGAGGAAUUAAACGUGCUAUGAAAUGCCUCAUUGUUUCAUCCAAUUUGUUUCAUGUGGUGAACAUAGAUUAAAACUAUUUUAAAAUAUAAAAUGGAAAUUAGCCCAUGAAAUAAUCAACUGAAUUGUGAAAUAAUUGUAUUUUGUACAUUUCUUGCAUGAAACAAAUAGGUUGAAUGGCAAUUGUGGGAAUGUUGAAAAUCUCCCCCAAUGCGACUUGAAUGAUGUGAAUUUCAAACUGGAACGAUGUCAAUGUGAAAUGUUGACUGUGCCAUUAAGAAUGAAUAGGGAACAAUUUGCCGGAAUUUUGGAAAAAUGGAAAAUGUUUGGAAUGGUGGGGGAAAAAAAUUGAAGCAAUGUUGUCAUGAGUAUUUGAAACAAGUUAAAAGUGGAACGAAGUCAAUCGGUUAAAGUAUGUGGAAGUAGUUAAGCGUAGAGAAAUAUUCAAGUAUAGGAAUAACGUGUGAAGGCCUUCACUUUCACACAAUGAACGAUUUAGCUUUGCUGUGUUAGCACUUUUUAGUCCUCCACACUCUUUGUAUCAUAUAAAGGGUAAUCUAUAAAAAAUAUUUUGUGUUUAUUAGCGCGCGCACACACAUACAAAGAGAGUAUGUUUAAUGUGCAAGCUAUCAGUUCAUCCAAUCAGAUUUGAUGUCCACAUUGUCACGUUGCAGACUUUUGUCGUUUAGCCGUCUUUUAUGGAAUGUAGGUAAGAAAGAAAGAAAACAAAGCUCUUUUUCAACCUGGUCGUAUUUGAAAGUGAGCCAAACACAUUCGAAGCAGUCAAAUGCUGACUCGUAAUUUUGAACGUUGGCCUUGUAACAAAGUCACUUUGGUACACAUCCAUCAAAAUAAAAUGACUGUCGCUGA